CGAUUUAAACGUAAUUGAGUCAUUAAUCCAUCACUAUUGUAUUGAUGUUUACAGAAACCAUAUAUAUAGUUGGUGAAUGAUGUGAAACAAUUGCCCAAAAACUUUGUAUAAUUUUUCUUCGUGCACACAAGCUCUUCCAUUGAUUGUGUAGUGAUGGUUAGUGGAGAUUGCUGACAUUGGAAGAGUUGUUAAUGAAACAAAUAUGUUGCAGAUUGCUUUUCCUGAGUUGAAGGAAUUGAGCUUUAGAAGGGUGCCAAAAAUAACACAGAUUUGGGACAAGCAAUUGCUUCCCAAAAAAGCAGAGUCCUUUUGCCAGUUAACAAUUGUUAAGGUCUGGUUUUGUGACAAAUUGGUGAAUUUGGUCCCAUACAGUAUGCUCCAACAGUUACAGAAUCUGGAAGAACUUGAUAUAGCAGGUUGUCCAAAAAUGGAAGUAAUAGUCUCCAAGAAAGCAGAAAAAGAAGAAACCGCCAAAAAUAAUGUCAUUGUGUUCUCUCAACUAAAUAAACUGAAACUUGGAAAUAUGGAGAACCUUAGAAGUUUCUACAGCUGCUCUAGCCUAUCUGACGCACAACCCUUGUUUAAUCACCAGGUUGCAUUUCCUGCUUUGGUGUGGUUGGAUAUUCACAUGGUGGCAAACAUAACAGAAAUAUGGGGCAAUAAAUUAUUCCCGGCCAAGUCCUUUGAUCAACUGAAGGAGGUUACAGUCUGGAGUUGUUACAAACUCAUGAAUUUGGCCUCGUCCAACGUGCUCUCACAGUUGAAGAAUUUGCAAAAACUCACUAUCGAACAUUGUCGAAAGAUGGAAAUGUUAGUCUCAAUGAAUGGGGAAGAAGAACAAGAACAAGUCUUGUUCCCUCAAUUAUGGAAUUUGAAACUUAAAGGAUUGCAAAGUCUCAAAAGUUUUGCCAGUUCUAAAUUUGAAACAAAACCCUUCUUCGACUUUGAGGUACGAAUGUCCUUACCCUUUUCUUUUAGUGUUGACCGUCAAGGUCGGGACAAAAUAAAUUGA